AUGGUGUGGACUCUGGUCGAACCGGGCGUCGCCAUUGUCGCGUCAAGUUUGGUUACCAUCAGGCCUCUCCUACGAGCUUGGCGACUGAACGGAUUCACCUCAACCGACCGAACUCCGGGCAUGAGCGGCAUGAGUGGGGGUAUGAAAUCAGGAACAGCACGGUCUGCCCGCCGCCCACCGGGUUACGGCGUAAGCGAUAGUGACAUGGACAUGGAAAUGGGCGAGAUGGCAAAGCACAGAGGCCAGUUCGAAAACAUGCCACGCCCGUCCUCGCGUCCUGGCUAUUCGUCACCCUUUACGCAAACCAUACCGAAAGAGAUGGACGAACAGCACAUCUCUGACAUCAUGACCCCGCCGAACCGGAGACGAGGGAGCCUCGUCAAGAGCGAAAUGUACAUUAUCGAAGGCGGAAAGUCGAGCGAUACCUGGAGAGGAGACAGAAUGGACUCGCCAAGCGCAUCGUCUGUGGAGCUUGAUGCUCUAGACGCUCAGAGUCAACACAGUGGCCGCGUCGGUCUUGGAGGGCGAAGGAAUAAUUAA